CAAGAGUUUCCCAAAAUAGAGCUGCACGUUCAUCUCGACGGAAGUUUUGACCCCUUAUUUUUGUGGAAAUAUAUGCAAAAGCAUCCCGAAAGCAUGUUGUACUGUACCACAUCGCAAGAAUAUCACAAGCUUUGCACAUGUCGUGGAUACCGUUCGCUCCAAGAGAUGCUAAAUUGUUUUGAAAUGUUUUUACCUCUCGUUCGACGCAAUUUGGACCUGCUGGAACAACUCGCGUACGAUUUUUGUCAGCGCCAAUGGGAACAAAAUGUUGUAUAUACGGAGGUGCGCUACUCCCCCUUUUUGCUUGCUGAAAGUUUUGAAGUCGAAAAUAAGAACUCACAGUCAGUGGACGCCGAAGCGGUCUUUGCUGCCAUUACCAGUGGACUACGUCGCGGAUCACACAAGUUUGGUAUUAUUGUGAAUCAGAUCAUUUCCGCAAUCACGUGGCGACCCGACUGGGCGAUGCCUUCACUGGAACUCGCCCAGAAACACCGCGAAGACUAUCCAUGUGCAACCUUAGGUAUCGAUAUUGCUGCCGGCGAGGAACAUUUUGACAGGGACCAGCACUCGGCGCUCUACGAACCCCAUUUUGCCAUGAUUCAAAAAGCCAAAGAGUAUAAGUUGCCAGUUACCCUGCAUGCGGGAGAAGCUGCGAUGGAAUCUUCCAUGGAUAACGUACGCCGGGCAAUUGACGUAUACGGUGCAAGCCGUAUCGGGCAUGGUUAUAGGACGGUCAACGACUUGGAUCUCAUAAACUAUGUGAAGGAAAAGAAGAUUCACUUCGAAGUGUGUCCAACAUCGAGUGACGAAACGGGCGGUUGGAUGUACAAGGAAGAAAAGAACUGGAAGGAACAUCCAUGCCUUGCCAUGCUCAAGCACGGCAUUCCCUUUUCGCUCAAUUCGGACGAUCCAGCGGUCUUCCACACCUCCUUAUCGUGGCAGUACCGGAUCGCUUUGGCCAAAAUGGACUUGACGCGGGAGGACAUUGUCAAAUGCAAUCUGCAAGCCAUUGAUGCGGCUUUCUGUUCCGAGGAGCGGAAGGUUGCACUGCGC